UACCUCGUUUGGAGUUAUGUGCAUGCCUUUUACUUGCUAAGUUAGUUCAAAAAGUUAUAGCUGCUUUAAGAAUGGAUAUCAAAGAGGUCACUUUAUUUUCAGACUCUACCAUCGCAUUGGCUUGGAUUAACUCUUCUCCGCACCAAUUAAAAACAUUUGUUGGAAAUCGUGUAUCCAAAAUUCAAACACUUUCAAAUAAUUUUCACUGGAGACAUAUACCAUCUGAGGAGAAUCCUGCUGACUUGAUUUCGCGAGGAAUCGAUCCUUCCGAAUUGGUGUCACUGGACUUGUGGUUCUCUGGACCAUCGAAUUUAGACAUUCAACCAACAGAUCAACAAUCCAUUGAAAUUUUGAACAGUGAACUUUAUGAGCUUGAACUUAAAAAAUCAUCGAAUAUAACUCUUACUUUGUCUUCCAACUCAGACUUUGUUAAUAGUUUUCUCACUUUAAGUAAUAAUUUUGUAAAACUAAUUCGUAUUUUGAGUUACAUUUAUAGGUUCAUUUCUAAUUGUCGGAAACAGGAAAGGAUGUUUGGUCCCAUCACUAGAGAGGAACUUCAGCAUGCAAAGCUUUCUCUAGUAAAGUUAGUACAGGUAAUUGUAUUUAGGAAGGAGAUACAUGCAUUAAAAAAUAAAAAAAGAUUGAAGGACAGCCACGUAAGUAAUUUAAAUCCUUUUCUUGAUUCUAAUGGUUUAGUUAGAGUAGGAGGCAGAAUCAACAAUUCGAAUUUAUCUUAUGAUCAAAAGCACCCAUUGCUAAUUCCAAGAGAUCAUAAAAUAACUACUUUAAUUUUCCAGUAUUUUCAUUUAAAAAAUUUGCAUGUUGGUGCGCAAACUUUGCUUCAUUGUGUUAGACAAGAGUUUUGGCCCCUAAAUGGUAGGAACACUGCUCGAAAAAUCGUUCACGAUUGCAUAACAUGUUUCGAAGCCAAAGCCGAUAGAGGCGCCAACAAGUGCAGAACAGUACAAAAAAUAAUAAUAAUAAUAAACAUUUAUUGCUGUAUUACUUACAAUUUCUCAGAGUCAUAUUUCUUCUGA